AUGAAGUUGUCGCGCCUUGCAUCCCUAAUUGGCGUAGUUAGUCUUUGCUCGGCCUCUCCAUUGGGCAUUGAGAAGAGAGAUGACACAUCAAUAUCAGCAAUUCAACUUAGCUCAGACAAGUCAUUUCACUACGAAUUGCUGCGUGACCUAUCUCUGGUGCCAUAUGAAGGUUCCGACGUCAAUGAAGUUCUCAUUGCGGCCCGUGAAAUCAAACCCGGAGACUUCGAAAGCUAUUACACUGCAUUCAAUAAACUUGCCACUCGCGUUCAUCAGCAGGCCAAAGCCAUAAACGUUACCGACCAUCCAAUCUCCGCUCGCAAUACCUUCUUCAAAGCAGCAACCUAUUAUCGUUCUGCUGACUUCUUUUUGCGGGGAAACUGGGCCGACUCCCGAGUUUAUUCUCUUUGGGAUAAACACUUGGAAGCAUUCAAUGCAGCAAUUUCCUUACUUCCUGUCCCAGGGCAGAGGGUAAGUCUGCAUGCCAAGGGCGACGACCUCAACUCAAACUUCACAAUACCAAUUAUAUUUUUCGGCUGUGGCUUGCCUGGCCCGCGACCGACAAUCAUAAUGGGAAAUGGUUUCGAUGGCGCGCAGGAGGAAAUGUAUCAUGUUCUGGGCAAGGCAGCCCUUGACCGAGGAAUCAACGUUAUCACUUACGAGGGGCCCGGCCAGCCCACUGUUCGCCGAGAACAGAAGCUCGGUUUCAUCCCUCAGUGGGAGAAAGUUGUUACUCCUGUGGUCGACUAUGCCAUCACGCGCCCUGAAGUCCAAGCCGAUGCUAUUGGUCUCAUGGGCCUUUCAUUCGGCGGGUUUCUUGCACCUCGCGCUGCAGCGGUUGAGCACCGUAUCGCUGCUGUCCUUGCUUUGGAUGGCAUUUAUGACUUCGGCGAGUCCAAUCUGAAGCCUUUACCACCAAAGUUGAAGGAACUAUUCAAAUCUGGGCCCGAGAACGCGAAACUUUUCGAUUCCAUCUUGGCAGAGGGUCUAGCAGAACCGUCAACUGACACAUUCACCAAAUGGGCUGUUCAGCAAGGUUUGUGGUCGUUUAACACCGAAUCACCCUUCGAAUGGCUCUCACAGACCCAAAAAUACAAUAUGGAUGGCUUUGCACAGAACAUUACUGCGCCGGUUUUCGUGGGUGAUGCGCAGAACGAUCAAUUUUUCCCUGACCAGGCAAAAGUACUGGCCGACAAGAUUGGUAGCAAGCUUGCUACUUAUCACGAGUUCAGCACCGCUGAUGGAGCCGGCGAACAUUGUUCUGUUGGUGCAAGUGUUUUGGCGAAUCAAGUGGUCCUGGAUUGGUUUGAAGACGUUUUGCAGCAUUGA